AAAGAUGCCGGCCAUACUUCAUCUGCUUGAUGGGGGGUAGAUUUGGCUGGAGCCAAACAGAAGUAAAAAAGGACGAAAUUCUCAAUAUGACUUAUGACUAUGCAAUAGAAAAUAAUCCAAAUCUGAAGUGGAUUGAUAAUUAUAGAUACAAUACAAGUGUAACACAGCUUGAAAUUUUCCAUGGUGUUCUCAAUAAUCCAGAUGAUGUAAGAGACAAAUGUUUCUUUUAUCUCCGUGAUCCACCAUCCCAAGAUGAUGUGUCACCAGAACUAUACAAGCGUCUUGUGAGUGAAUCUGAAUGGCACAAGAAACAACAGGACUAUCUGAAGUCAUUGGUACAACAGCACCCAAAAAUCAGUGUAAAGAAAUUCAAGCAAGCUGAUGAAGUUUCUGAACUGAUCAAGCAGGAUUUAAAAGGUUGUGUUGAUCAAGAAUUUCCAAUUGGAAGUGAAUUAACAAAACUAGAACAACAAGGUGAAGCACAUGCAGCUUUUGCUUCACAGAGAUGUCGAGUUUACAUUGGAAAUCAGAAUUAUUUUACAGAAAUCAACAAACAUAGAAGUCAGAAUAUAUCACAACCUUUCAUUAUACUUGGAGAAUCAGGUUGUGGUAAGUCAGCGUUGGUUGCUAACUGGGCGAAACAGGUUGAGGAUGCUGAGAAAGACACAUUUAUUUUUCUUCACUUUAUUGGAAGUUCAGCUGAUAGUGCCCACUAUAUUAAAAUGAUCAGAAGAUUAUUUGAAGAGAUGAAAGUGUUCUUUAGUUUUGAUAUGCAGAUUCCGUCAUCAGAUACCAUACUAAUUCAUGAAAUAGGGAAGUGGUUGCGAAUGGCAGGAUCUCUAACAAAAUGUGUCAUAGUUUUUGAUGCUGUAAAUCAACUGGAUGAUGGAUCAGGAGCUGGCGAAAGUACUGAACAUGAUUUGUUGUGGAUACCGUCAGAAAUUCCUCCCAAUGUUUUUCUAUUGAUAUCAACGCUUCCUGGCAGGGCAAUGAACGCCUGUAUUGAAGCUGGAUUUCCAAGUAUGAAAGUAAGUCCUCUACAAGAAUCACAGAAAAUGCAGAUUAUAACGGAUUAUUUGGAAGGCAUUUACGGCAAAUCAUUGACCAUGGAACAAAAAGAAAUGAUCAUCAAUGUAAAACAGACAUCCAAUCCACUUUACCUGAAAUCACUUCUGGAUGAGGUCCGUAUGUUUGGAUCAUUCAGAACCCUAACAAACAAAAUCUCCGAGUAUUUAUCAGCUGAAAGUCCACAGGAUCUAUUUGCCAAAAUCCUUGAAAGAUUGGAAGAGGAAUUCGAGAAAGGACAAACACCAAGAAAAGAUCUUGUACGUGAUGCUACCACUGCCUUGUGGUGCUCCAACAGAGGAAUGUCCGAGUCAGAGCUGGUUGAAUUGUUAGAUAUACCAAGUGCUGUUUGGUCUCCAUUCUACAUAUCGCUGUAUGAGAACUUGGUGAAUAGGAAUGGCAUCUUGAAUUUUUUCCACGAUCAUCUACGACAGGCUGUAGAAAGGAAGUACCUCCCUACACAUGAAGCAAAAGUCAAAGGUUAUAUGUGUCUCGCUGAUUUCCAUGCAGCUAAGGACACAAGUGACAGAACUGUAGAAGAAUUGCCUUUCUUGCUGACCAAAGCAGGCCAGUUGGACAGACUUAAAGAAACAAUUACAGAUCUGGAAGUCUUCUAUAGAUUGUCGGAUAAUGAGGAUGGAAUUUUUGAGUUGAUCAAAGCUUGGAAAACGCUUGGUGGGUUCGAUUUGUCAGAAGAGGCAUACAUGUCAAAGGUACAAAAGAUACCCAAAGAGGAUAUAAUGCAAAAUUCUACAUACUACUGCAAACUGUACAGUCGAUUGGGAAAUUUCUUUUUGAUCAUUGGAAUAAUGGAGGCAGCAAAAAAGAUUUUUAAAACUCUGAUUAAACAGUUGGAGCUGAACUAUGGUGAAUCUCAUGGGACUGUGGUAUACAAUGUACAUGAUCAUACAUGGAAAUAUCGAUGUAAACACCCGGAUGUUAUUAAGGGAUUGCAUGAACUAGGUACUGUGUACAGCAAACUUGGCGAGUAUGAUAAGGCGGUUAGGGUGUACAUUGAUGCUAUAAAUCGUCAGAACAGGGUUAUAACACCAACACAAAAACUACAGUUGUGUGAGGGAUUGCUUGGUUUAUCGACAGUAUACAUCCAGAAAGAAGACAUGUUGUCAGCUAAGAAACUAAUGUUGAGAGCAUUGGAAUUAGCGACAUUUGUACUCGGAAAGAAACAUAAUUUUGUAGCGGCCAUUUUCACUAGGCUUGGUCAACUUUCCUACAAACAAGGCCGUGUAGAUGAAGCAUUGGCCUAUUGUCUACAUGAUCUGAAGGUGACGAGAAGUGAGGUCGGUACCAAUCAUCCACGUACUGCCAUUGUCCUGAAUGAAAUUGGACUUAUUUACGAUGAUAAGAAUGACAGAAUGGCCACACAGCUUUAUGAAGCCGCAUUAUCAAUUUUUCUGGAAACGUACGGCAAGAAUUUCCUCGGGACUGGGACAAUACGGUACAAUUUAGGAGCGUUAUAUUUAGGCACAAAUCACUUUGCUAAAUCCAAAUACCAGUUUACCGAGUCCUACAGAGUAUAUGUUUUAUUUCUGGGAGAGGAUCAUCCGGAAACUAAAGCCGUAAAGCAGGCGCUUGAUGUCGUUUCCAGUAUGGCGUCAGACUAAUAGAGUGGACCUCAAAUGCGUGAUUUAUCGAUUAUAACACUAUAUAUUAUAUACUAUUUAUUAGCGGUAUCUGUACUUUAUAUUCUACGGGAAAAUCCAGUACAACAUUCUUAAAAAUCAUAUUUUACUAAUAAAAGGACUUGGUAUUUGGCAGUCAACAAUACACAUUAAUUUGAUUAAACUGACAGUAGAAAUCGUAGAUUUCAAGAGACCCUUAACACAUUUUUGUUAUAGAUUUUUAUCUAUUUUACAAUACAAGUUUUAUAGUUUAUAUUAAUUUUGUCUUUCAUUCUAGAUCUAGUCUAAAACACUAUUUCUAUACUACUGUAUCAUUGAGGUGAGGUCUGGUGAUGCACAUGACGGUCAUCUAAUUCGACACAUUGUUGGCUUCCUGUGAUAAUUUAAAAAGUACCAUGCACUUAUUUCUCUUGUAAUUUGUUUGUAUAAUUUAUGAUUAUAAUUAAACUGUAACACUCGCCAUAAUCUGUUUAAAAUUUCAGCAUAUUGAUGUUGAAUUUCGUUAAAGGGACAGUUGUUAUGAGAUAAGAAAAUAAAUAAAUAUUUUUUGUUCGUUUCAAUCAUUAAUAAGUCAAUUUAGUGCAAUUUUGUCAAAAUAAGCAAGCAAGGAAACGUAGAAGAUAAUGUAUUCACUUGUAAGUAAAAAAUCUCGACAUCAUUUAAUAUCAUUCAUGUGAACUUUAAUUUAACCCAUUAGGAAAGAGAUAUACUUCUUUAAUUAUUGAAAUAUCUAAUAUUUUCAAAUUUUGUAAAAUACAAAUAAUGUUUAGGCCUUUAAUUGAUUUUGAAAUGAUACAUGAAACAGUAACAUAUCGUUGUAUUUUCUGCAAACAAGCACUUUGUGAUAUGGAUAUUACAACAAACUCAAAUAGUAAAUGUAUAUUUCUACACUUUAUAUCUUUUUUAUUAUUACUUAUUAUUUAUAUAUUUAGAUCUAUAGUUUUGUGUCAUUUUUAUUUAUUGUGAGCCGAUUUUGAUGAAACUAUACUUUUUGAUAAUAUUCGUAUAAUAAAAAUCCUUCCAUGCAU